AUGGCGAUCAAUAACGCGGAUGAUCUUGAAAAUGCUACAAUUCGGCCAGAAGACAUACCGAAAGCAGCAUUAGUGGGAAAACCUCUACUGGUGUUCACGUCGUGUUUUGUGAGCAUAUGUGUCUUUCUUUUUGGGUAUGACCAGGGGUAUUUCUCGUCGAUUUUGACGAAUGAACACUUUGAAGAGUACUAUGACAACCCCAGCUCCGUUCAGAUAGGUACGGUGGUGGCAAUUCUUGAAAUCGGAGCUCUUUUAUCUUCGCUCUCGCUCGGUCAUGUGGCUGAAAAGCUUGGCAGAAAGAGAACUACCAGAUUAGGCUCUUUUCUAUUCUGCAUUGGGGGCACAGUGCAGACUUUAUCGACAUCCUUUCACCAUCUAGGCUUCGGCCGGUUCAUAAGUGGUCUGGGUGUCGGCUUUUUGAGCGGGACUGCCCCGACCUAUAUGUCGGAAAUAGCCAGCCCGGAUAUAAGAGGACUGCUUGGCUCGGCACAGUUUACCGGCAACGUCUUGGGGUACUCGUCCUCAAUCUGGAUAGAUUACGGAUGCAGCUUCAUAGAUGGUGAUCUGUCAUUUAGGAUCCCGCUUGGAUUGCAGGUGGCAUUCGGUCUAGUGCUAUUUUUCGGCUCAUAUGCCUUAGUCGAGAGCCCCAGGUGGCUUUUAGAGCAUGGCCACGAUGUUGAGGGCCUUAUAGUCUUGGCAGAUCUUUUUGCACACGGGCAUGUGCAUGAUCCGGUGGCUGUGGAGGCCUAUAAGUCGAUUGAAGAGAGUGUUUUGAUUGGCAGACUUGAAGGAAAGCUCACCUAUUGGCAGUCCAUUAGGCGAUAUCCCAAGCGUAUUUUUGUUGGUUGCAGUGCGCAGAUGUUCGCCCAGUUUAAUGGCAUCAAUGUGAUAUCGUACUAUGCACCACUUGUGUUUGAAGAGGCCGGGUGGCUCGGCAAGGAUGCCAUUCUUAUGACUGGCUACAAUUCCAUUCUUUAUCUUCUCUCAACACUCAUUCCCUGGUGGCUUUCCGAGUCAUGGGGAAGGAAGCCACUUCUCAUGCUGGGAAGCUGCUUCAUGGGUGUUGGGCUCGUAUUCAUUGCUGUUUUUACGAAAACGAGAGUUGCCACCAUGGUUGUUGUGUUUGUGAUGCUCUUUAACUCCAGUUUUGGCAUCAGUUGGGGCCCAAUUGGCUGGCUAAUCGGGCCAGAGGUCCUCCCCAAUAAGGCAAGAGCCUCGGGAGCAGCCUUGGCAACCGCCACAAACUGGCUUUGCAACUUCAUAGUGGGACAAUGUGCUCCCAUUCUUCUUGAGCUCAUUAGCUGGCGCCUUUACCUAAUUCAUGCCUUAAGUUGUGUCGUCUCCUUCAUUGUGGUCUGGUUUGUCUAUCCGGAGACCAAGGGCCUCUCUUUGGAGGACAUGGACUCCGUCUUCGGAGAUAAAUCAACUGCCUCCUCUAGAAUAUCCAGAAAUAACAGUGGCAGCAGCCACAAUUCCGUAUCGUCUCACACCUAUCAAACCUCCAUCAAGCAGUCUGACAUUGCUUCCUUUGCCUCAAGGCACAGUAAAGCAAUCCAGGCACGCACAAAUCCUACAGGUACGACACUUCUUCCAAACGAGAUCUCACCAAUGCUUGGAGCACAAGACUUCACGGCUGCUUCUGAAAGUUUCUUGCGCAAUCUCCCUCCUCACCAGCAAAAUGCAACCCAGGGAAGAAGAUGGGACCCUGCAGCAAGUCCGUUUAUUACUCCGGCAGAUCUUGAGCCGCCAGAUUUGAAGUCUGUGUACAAAUACAAGACUGAUGACUCCAGAUCUAUCCACAGCUCCAUAAAGAGGGGGAAGAAGGCCAUAUCGUCGGCUUUCCGCUUCUGGAAGAACGAUAACAACCAUUCUGACACGGAUGCCAUUUCAGAGCGUUUCCUCAGUGAUGAUGUAUGA